CCGGCAGACCUAUAAAGAACACCUUGUUUACACUGGAGCCCAGUAUGGUUACAUGGCCAGUGAGUUUUUGAAUCCCGCCAGCUAUGGCGCACCGUACGGUGGCGGCGGCUGCGGGUCAUCAUAUUACCGAAGGUCGGUGGCGCGUGAUACGAGAUACGGCCAGGUCAUCGCCAGGUAUUGGCUCGCUGGACCAGGACAAUUCCCCAAGCCAAUGAGAGAUGAUGUUAACAAAGGUACCUCCGAUUGGGCGCACGAGUACAGCUUCUGGGCUGCCACUGCCUUGUGGAAACAGUCCUUGGUCACAGGAGAUAAAGAGUUCAUUGUUGGGCAGCUUGAAAAUCUGGUGAAACAGUAUCGAGGUUGGGAUAGCCAUUACUCAAGUUCCCUAGGGCUGUAUUGGCAGGUACCUGUUUGGGAUGCCACAGAGUAUACAGCUGCUUCCUACGAGUCCAGUGAUCCUUACCACGGAGGUGCUGGCUUCCGGCCAACGAUUAAUUCCUAUCAGUAUGGCGAUGCCAUCGCGAUAGCGAAAAUUGCUGCUUUGUGCGGUGACUCUGAGCUCGAACACGAAUAUCGAAGCCGGGCUGAAAGUCUGCGGAUUGCGUCACAAAAACAUCUUUGGGAUAAGGAAAGCAACUAUCUAACAGACCCUCAAGGAUUCUUCUCAAAGUUUGGUCCAACUACGGCUGAGCGAAGAAAUUACUAUGAGAUGCUGCAUCGGUAUGCCCGGACACAAUACAAAAACGGGCAGCCCUACGUCGCAGAAGCUCAUCAUCCUGAUGCCGACAGAUGGAUAUUUGACGGCCACAAUCAUAGCGAAGAUUACAACCACUCAACCUUUGUUGAUAAUGCUCUAGCCGGGCUUAUAGGCCUUCGAGCCCAGUCUGGAGAUGCAAUAGUUGUCAAUCCUUUGACCCCUGCAAGCUGGGAUUAUUUUGCCGUCGAGAAUGUAGCCUACCACGGCCAUUCCAUCACUGUCUUAUGGGAUAGAAUAGGUUCAGUCUACAACCGGGGCGAAGGCCUACGAGUUUACCUUGACGGUCAGCUUGCUGGGAGUCGCAGAACAAUUGGUCUCAUAAAGGUCGUUGUUGGUCCAUCAAUCCCAACACCUGUUUCCUCCCGAAUAAACAUCGCAGCUAAUAGUCAGCGAGAUCCUCAACUUCCCCUCGCUUUCGCUUCAUACACUUCUCCAGUGGAUGAUCCCAUGCGAGCCAUCAAUGGAAUGAUCUUCCGAACUGGGAUACCACAGAACAGCCGCUGGACUUCGUAUAACAGCCCAAACCAAAAGGGCCAUUUCGGAAUUGACAUGCAUAAGGAUCAAGCUGUCGAUAAUGUGCGGUUAUUCUUCUAUGAUGAUUCCGGCGGCGUUCGGAUCCCAACCACUUUCGACCUUCAGUACUGGCCAGGUUCCCAGUAUGAUGCCGACCAGUUCAAAUGCAGAGACCAGGAUUGA